GGAAGCCAGACGAGACGGAAAGCUGAGACUCCAGAAACAAUGAAGACAUGGAACAAAAGCUGAAACCCAAAACUCAGCGUGAUAACAAUAGUAAAAUAAAAAGGUACAUUUAAAGAGAUACGUGUCUCUGCAGCUCUGUUACACCGACCUCUGACCUCCAAGCUUCAGGGAAGGUCGUGGGAAAUUAAAUAAUGACUCAGGAGAGGCGGAGAAAAGCUGCCGGAUAAAAAGGAGCAGAAACACAGACUCGAUGCUAGAACAGUUUGUUCAGCUGCUUCCUGCUCAUCGUCACCAUGAAGACACUCAUCGUGACCCUGACCUUCGCCUGUUUCCUGUCUCUGAGCGUUGCCAUGGCGAUCAACACCUCCCUCAGCACGCGGACCUUGGGGUUGUGUGAGUACAUCGUUAGACAGACGCCGCCCGGUAUCCCCGGUGCUUUCAUGCCUUCGUGCGACUUCAACGGGAACUUCCUGCCGCAGCAAUGCGCCAAAUCCACGGGAUCCUGCUGGUGCGUGAACGUGAUCACCGGGGAGGAGAUCCCGAACACGAGAACUCCGCCGGGGACCGUGCCCGUCAACUGUGACCGGGAGUUCUACUGCCCGUUCGGCUGGUCCCGAUUCGGCCGGCUGUGCUUCGUCUUCAUCGAUUCCCCGAAAACCUGGGUUGAGGCGGAGAGCUACUGCAUGUUCGAAGGCGCUAACCUGGCCUCGGUCCAGAGUCCCGAGCAGAACCACUUCCUGCAGGCGCUGACCCGCGCAGAAACGCACGACUUCCCCCCCACCUGGGUCGGGGGCCACAACUGUGUCAACGUGUUAUUCUGGAUGUGGAGCGACGGCUCCAGGUUUCUUUAUGAAAACUGGAACAUGGAAAGCAACACGAGGACCAGUGAGCGCUGUCUGCAGAUGAACAAUGGCUAUGAGAAGAAGUGGGAUUUCGCCUCCUGCGAGUCGGAGCUGCCCUUCCUCUGUGCAAAGAGGGUCUGAUAACAUGUAGUUUGUUCCUUCAAAUUCAUCUCGUUUUUGUUUUUGUAGAUGAAUAUUAGGCUCAGAAGCUUCUAGAGGUUCAUUUAUGUCGUCAUUUAUAUUAACACUCGAA